GGAAUUCUCAGUUUAUAUACUGGUGGUGGUGGGAGGAUGGAUGGACAUCAGUAGUAGUCAUAAACUACAAUCGCAAAAGAGAAAAGUCAGUACUUAUUUACUCCAUGCGUUAAGCUAUGAUUGGCCAGAGCUAAUAGUUAUGCAUGAAUAACUUGACAUUAGCAUCUUCCUGGUAGAACCAUUACUGAUGCUUUCAUUUCUGUAUCUUCAUCAUGGUCUGAGAGUGAGAACGUUUUCAGAAAAUUUUUGGGACCACAGUUACAAGAAUCAAUACAGGAUAACUGGAUAAAAAUUGAUGAAUAAUAAAUAUAUAAUGAUGUUUCAUUUCUGAUUUCUUAAAGAAAUUCCCCCACCAUGAUUUUUCAUCCAUCCUACAAUGGCUAGAAAGGAAAAAAUAGUGAAAAGAUAGUGAAAGUUAAUUCUUACAUUUAAUAUUUAUGAAAUAUGAUGACUUAAUAAUUACAUUGAUUAAUGCAAUAUAAAUGCAAAAGAGGAAGGUCUACAAUACAAUGUUGAGAACUAUAACAGAUGAACAGAAUAAUGUACUGAUCAUGCAUAUUUCUCACUUUAUGUACCAAUUUUAUGUUCCAAAUCCUGACACAAAAUGUGUGAUGGCAUGCUAUCAUCAGGGUACAAGUAUCUUAAUGGCACAUUGUUUGCUCUCUCAGCCAUACAAAACAGUGGUGAUUAACAUCCAUGAAAGAAAAAAGGGAGGUUCCAGAGGUGCAAAGUCUAUUUACAGUACAUUAAAUAUCCAAAUAAAUGUUAAAAUAGCAGUCGUUUAUACAUUUUAUUUAAUACAUUUUUUAUUUAACAUCAUUGACAAGGGACCGUCUGAGUAAACAAGAAAUAAUAAUAAUACUAAUAAUAAUAAGAAGAAGACGAAGAAUGAAAAUCAUUAUAAAUCUGAAUAAUUUAUUAUUUAUUAAAUUAUUUUGAUCAAACAUAUGAACAUACAUCCACGUCAAUAGCAAUAUUUGCACAUAACAGGAGGAUUAAAAUGGGGAAAUGUCUAUUAUUUGUGUCUUCUUCUUCCUUUCAGAUCAACUUUGUUGCUUUGUAGGCUACACUAAAUUGUAUUCUGCCCUUAUGUUAAAAUGACCCAAAACUGUGUUGAAUACAUUAGCACAGGUAUUGAGGAAACAACACAGUGUAAUAGUUGUAUCAGCAUUCAUUAAGAGCAUUACCUGGCUGUCGUUAACAUAUGAAAGUCUUCACACCUGACAGCCACCAGUCCUCACAACCAGCGGUGUUUCAGCUGUAUAUGUCCAUGAAACUCCUGUAUAAGUCCAUGUACACUGGAGUAUGUGGGCAUUUCUUGAAAUGUACUAUUCUGUGUAACUCAGGAAAGUUCCACAUACAUCUGGCAAACCUGAAAUUACAUGGCAGUUUACCAUGCAGAUAUUACCAGAUUUGACCCUUUUAAUGCAGUGUAUAUUACAGAAGUCUCCAUCUAUUAUUUUAAAAUGCAAAACUGUUACCUAAUCAUAGCAGUGGGUGUUUGCUUAUCAACACGGAAUGUUUUAAAGAGGAUCAAGAUAAAAAGUAGCCUAUUACUAUACUAACCUAUUCUAAAUGAUGAUUUUUGACAAUGAAUAAUAAAUAUAAAUAAGUCAAAGCAUCAAGCUAAACAUUUUCUGUAUAAAUGAACAAAAAAAACAACAACAACAAAAAAACAUUUAAAUAUAUGUAUAUUUACAUAUAUUAUUUAUUUAUUCCAAUAUUUCUACACUCUUAAAAAUAAAGCUGUGAUGCCAUGGGAGAACCAUUUUUGGUUCCACAAAGAACCAUUCAGUCAAAGGUUCUUUAAAGAACCAUUUCUUUCUUACCAUUUUAUAUUCUGAAGAACCUCCUUUUGCCACAAAGAACCUUUUGUGAAACAGAAAAGUUCUUCAGAUGUUAAAGGUGCUUUAUGGGACCAAAAAAAGCACCUUUAUUUUUGAGAGUGUAAUUUCUAAUCCCUGUACAACCUUAGUAAAACAUUAAGCAUUAGAGCCCCAUCUAACUGAACAUUACUUCUGUUUACAUUGUUAAUAUUUGUAUGCUAAGGCUAAUUUUGAUGUACUGAGCAAUUAAAUACUUGUUUCUGAUGAUCUCAAUUAGAUUGAUGUGGUCCUACUCGAGGAAGCCAGAAAUCACAAUUGAAGUGGAAAAGUUGUAAUCGACCUUUUGCAAAAACCCACCCUCCUUAGUUAGUGUUGCUAUGUCCGACAAACAGUGCAGCUCUCACACUACACACUGAUCUAACGCAGUGAAAAAUACAUCAUGGAGCAAAGAGAAAACUGAAAGCACGCUGACAGAGCAGGUUACUUCUGGUAUGAAACAAGGUCUCAGCUUUAAAAUGUUUUCAUUUUUUUGACGUCAGUGGUCAGUGGUCACGUCGUUCUGUUCAUUUGAUUUGAAGCAAAUGUAUAAAAUGUUCUUUAGAGUAACAACAACGCUGUUACAUCUCUGCUGCCUGUAUUAAAUGAUCACACAUAAGUUGUCUUCAUAAAUUGAUGUACGCAAAUCCAGAAUAUUCGUUUUCAGAAUUUUUAUGAUUGUUCUUUGUAGGAAUAUUUUCAUGUCUUGUUUCCCUGUUCUUGUAUAUUUCUACAAUUUUUGCAAUAAAAAACACAAAAAAACGGUGUCUUAAAUUACCAAGCACACAUCCGUUCACUUUACUUCCCAAAAUGUAUCUGCCUUUUUCCUUAUUACAUGUCACGGCGCCAUCUAACGACGGAUACCGGUAGCAACCACAGUAAUCCUAGUAUUAUAAUACAUGACAUCCCCCCUUUUCUUAGAAACAAAAUCGCAUCACUCAAAUGAACAUGUGUUUAAAACAACAUAAUCUAGUGAACAUAUUUUGAACUUCUUCUACUAACUGAUAUUAACAUCAUCUUUCCCCCUUUUUCUAAUAGUUCUUUAAACAUUUUUGUAUUUCGCUGAAGACAUCUUAACAAAAGUUAAAUUUGUUCCUUCAUAUAUUAUCAGAAUAUGCAAACAGGCCUCAGACUUUACAGUUAUUAAACCUCCAUUCUUUUUUCUGUGGUUACAUCAAACAAUUUAACAGUCCACAUAUCUAGUAUUUACUCCCGUCAGUUCAUGGCAUAAUCAAUUUCACAGGCAAUCAUCUAGUUCUUUGAGGUCUAUCCUGUGUUGGUAUGUUUGACAAACCCACUUUGGAAUUCAGGGCCUGGCUGCAUGAAAGUCCUGAAGUAAUUUGACUUGGGGGAAUACUUGAGGGGGGAAAAUUCCCCGAGGUAAGGGACUUUUUUAAGAUUCUUUAAGAGCGUUGCAACAAACGUCUUAACUGCCUCCUAAGCAGUACCGCAGCUCCCUAUACGCAGAGUACGCAGUUUGAAAUAAAAUAAAAAAUAAAACGUGACGCGCCAUUCCCGCAUCCGCGCCCGCGACUGCUCGCGGCUGAAUGCAAAUUAUCAUAAUUGAUGGCCAACUAUGCCCGUGAAAAGACAUGAGAAAUCCGGCGCCAAGAAAAGAUUAAAAAAAAAAAAAGGAUGAAAAGGAAGCCUGUGCGUCACUUUCAGGGAGGCUACAUUCUUAAUCCUGUGAAACUUUUUUGGGUGUUGAGGUUAAUAACGUGUUUUAAUGUCGGUAAUAAUUUCACCACCACCAACGCAUCUAAUAUUCUCUCCGAGUUUCCAUGUUCCCUUACGAAAGUUAGCCAUGGUUUUAACAGGAAGUAAUUUUGUUACUUCAAAUAAUAAUAUACAAAGAAGUAUUAAGAUAAUAUAUAUAUAUAUAUAUAUUUUAUGGUUAUAAAAACAAACCUUACCCAACAACAGCCUUUAAAAUGUCUUAAAAUGCAUUAUAUAAAAACAAUGAGGUAACCCUGCUGUAAAAAAACAAUACAAAACAAAAACAAACAAAAAAACAAUAGAACCAUCACAGAAAAUUCUAAUACCAUCACAAAUGAAUCACAAAUAAAUCACAAAUACCAUUACAAACAUUACAAACUAUCAAUUUUUAACCAUUAAAAAAUGGUUUUCUGUAGUGUGUUUUGGGACAUAUUCCAUUAGAAUUUAUUGGCUUUAACAAACCAAUAAAAGAUGACCAAUUACCAGUAGAGACCCACAGGGUCCAUUACAGUUUCCAUUAAAACCAAUACAAGUCCCAUUAUAACCACUAAAACCAUUUCAAAUUUUGUGAUGGAGUCUGUAGUUUUUUUUUUUUCAACAUUACAUGUUAUAAAUGCCUGUAAAGGGCGCCAAAAGCCUGGUAAUUGCUGCUGUUACUUUUAUAGGACGAUCAUAUCCUUGUUUAAAAGGCUAUUGACCAAACAUUUAAUUCAAAUAUCCACUUAAUCUUUAAUUUUUGGCCACCUUUUUGCUAUAGAUGACACAGCCUCUAUAAUUUCUUCAACAAAAAACAUGUGGACAUCACAACCCUUACAAAAAUUAACCAUGCUUUAUCGUAGUAAAACUGCUUAAUUUCCUUUUGCAUGAUUUCUGAAUGCUUGAGGCCAUAAAAUCAAUCAGACAACUGUAUUAAUAAAAUAAUAGCCAUAGGUAACUGUCUAGAGCUACAAUUAUAAUUUGUAAAUAAUACAAUUUAAUUCCAAAUUUUAUUUAUUUACUUUUAUAUUUUAUUAAAGUUCUAUUUUGACCCCUAUAGUAGGUGUUUUUUCUUUAUUUCCAUAAUAUUUGAGGGAGGGGGCACAACAAUACAAUCCUGCUUAGGGCACCCAUUUGGUCAGCAGCGGCCCUGCUCCUAAGUGUUUAUACUAAAGUUUCUUGGUAAUUCCUGGCAACAUAUGGCAAUGGGUGCCGCGGUUGCUAUAGUUACUACAUCUCACAAUAAACAUAUGUACAGGUGCUGGUCAUAUAUUUAGAAUAUCAUCAAAAAGUUGAUUUAUUUCACUAAUUCCAUUCAAAAAGUGAAACUUGUAUAUUAUAUUCAUUCAUUACACACAGACUGAUAUAUUUCAAAUGUUUAUUUCUUUUAAUUUUAAUGAUUACAGCUUACAGCUCAUGACAGUCAAAAAUCAGUAUUUCAAAAUAUUAGAAUAUUUACAUUUGAGUUUGAAUUAAUGACCAUCCCUACAGUAUAAAUUCUGGGUAUCUCUUGUUCUUUGAAACCACAAUAAUGGAGAAGACUGCUGACUUGGCAAUGAUCCAGAAGACGAACAUUGACACCCUCCACAAAGAGGGUAAGUCACAGAAGGUCAUUACUGAAAGGUGUGGCUGUUUACAGAGUGCUGUAUCAAAGCAUAUUAAAUGCAAAGUUGACUGGAAGGAAUAAUUUGGGUAGGAAAAGGUGCACAAGCAACAGGGAUGACCACAAGCUUGAGAAUACUGUCAAGCAAAGCUGAUUCAAACACUUGUGAGAGCUUCACAAGGAGAGAACUGAAGCUGGAGUCAGUGCAUCAAGAGUCAACACGCUCAGACGUCUUCAGGAAAAGGGCUACCAAGCCACUUCUGAACCAGAGACAACGUCAGAAGCAUCUUACCUGGGCUGUGGAGAAAAAGAACUGGACUGUUGCUCAGUGGUCCAAAGUCCUCUUUUCAGAUGAAAGUAAAUUUUGCAUUUCAUUUGGAAAUCAAGGUCCCAGAGUCUGGAGGAAGAGUGGAGAGGCACAGAAUCCAUGUUGCUUGAAGUCCAGUGUGAAGUUUCCACAGUCAGUGAUGAUUUGGGCUGCCAUGUCAUCUGCUGGUAUUGGUCCACUGUGUUUUCUGAAGUCCACAGUCAACGCAGCCAUCUACCAGGAAGUUUUAGAGCACUUCAUGCUUCCUUCUGAUGACAAGCUUUAUGGAGAUGCUGAUUUCAUUUUCCAGCAGGACUUGGCACCUGCCCACACUGCCAAAGGUACCAAAAGCUGGUUCAAUGACCAUAGUGUUACUGUGCUUGAUUGGCCAGCAAACUCGCCUGACCUGAACCCCAUAGAGAAUCUAUGGGGUAUUGUCAAGAGGAAGAUGAGAGACACCAGACCCAACAAUGCAGAUGAGCUGAAGGCCACUAUCAGAGCAACCUGGGCUCUCAUAACACCUGAACAGUGCCACAGACUGAUCGACUCCAUGCCACGCCGCAUUGCUGCAGUAAUUCAGGCAAAAGGAGCCCCAACCAUAGGCGUAAAUCCCGGGGGGGACGGGACAGGACCCCCCCUAUCUGAGGCUUGUCCCCCCUAAAAAUAUCAUUACAAGUGACUCUGUGUAUUGAAAAUAAUAUAAUGGACAUAUACUUAAAAUAAUUGUGUGAUUAGUAAAACAAAAUAAACGCAAAAAAAACGUUUUAAAUUCAGAAAUGUUUUGAUUCCCCCCUCCCUUUCCUCACAGUGGUUUGGUCCACUGCCUGCUUUCCUUCUUUACCGAUACACACACACACACGAGUCCGGCGGGAGAGAGCAAGUUAGUUAUGUGUAAGUAACUUAGGCUGUCAAGGCUGUUUUAUUCUCUUUAAACAUCGAAAGAGACGAAAACUAAAAUACUAUGGAUGACGCAAAAUAAUAAUUAUAAUAUGACCGCGUGGUGAACCAUGAACUCAUAUUUAUACACGGUCUCCAUGCUAUGUACACACGCUGUGUACACAUAUCUAUCCUUGCAAAUACAAUUUUGGCUGUAUUAUUUGUGUCCCCUUCAAAAAUUGCUCUUGAGAAAUUUUACGUUUAUUGUCCCCCCCUACUGUCAGAUGAAAUUUACGCCCCUGGCCCCAACUAACUAUUGAGUGCUGUACAUGCUCAUACUUUUCAUUUUCAUACUUUUCAGUUGGCCAAGAUUUCUAAAAAUCCUUUCUUUGUAUUGGUCUUAAGUAAUAUUCUAAUAUUUUGAGAUACUGAUUUUUGAUGUUCAUGAGCUGUAAGCUCUAAUCAUCAAAAUUAAAAGAAAUAAACAUUUGAAAUAUAUCAGUCUGUGUGUAAUGAAUGAAUAUAAUAUACAAGUUCACUUUUUGAAUGGAAUUAGUGAAAUAAAUCAACUUUUUGAUGAUAUUCUAAUUAUAUGACCAGCACCUGUAUAUCUGUGACAAUAAAAAAAUAAAAAAAUAACGAAAUACAAACCUAACCAAAUAAAACAAACAAAUAAAGGAGCACUACCCAUUUCUGCUCUGCUUUGUGUACAGUCGUUACCGAGGAAACCGCUUUGUUUCUGCAGUGAAAGCGCCUAGGCUACAUGCUGUAGUGAGAGAGGAGGGCAAACAUAACCUGACGUAACUGUUCGCUUUUUUUUCCUUUUUGCUUCUCCCAACCGCCUUUAUCUUCACGUUUUUUUAUUGCCAUCAGGAGCCCAGUCUCCUUCUCUUCAGUUUUGGUUUUGUAUUAGCAAAAAUAGAUUGCAUUAGCGCCUCCUUUUGUCGCCCAUCAACGUCACUUAAUUUGACACUUUUUCUUUGAUGAUGAACCAGCAGACGGCCAGUCCGCCCCUGGACCAGCGUUUGAAAACCACUGCCCUACAGUACAAGUCCACACCCAAAGGUGAAUCAGAUCUAAGGUCAGUUACUUACUCUGCUCAGCGUGAGAGUUGAAUCGGCAGUAUCCUGUCCUACAGACAUUAUCCUAGGAGAUAAAAGAUCAUGUAUGCAGUUGUUACCUUGCAAGACUCAGAUGAGUUAAUGGUGGUACCAUCAAACUGGUUGAGCCAGGACAAGAGACACUGUUACUGGCCUCCAUUCAAAUCCACAGAGAAGUGCAUGGAAGCUGUUGAGAACAAACUUAACCCUGAAACAGAAGGGAAACCAUGGGAGAAACUAAACAUUAUCUUUCUCGGAGAAUAUGGCACUUUUGAGAAAGCAAAAGAGGGACACAAAGAAAUCAAAGAACAUGAAAGGUCAUAUCCAUUAGACACUGUAUUACCUGGAAUAAAAAGACAGAGACUUGAAGGCAGUCAAGGAAUGUCAAAUAAUCAGCUACAUCCACUUCCUCCAGUAACACCUGCAUCUAUAUCCAGAAUGUCAGCUGAUGACAAGGUUGAAAUCAUCCAAAUGCUGAGAGACAUCAAGAGCAAGGUGCAGGAAAACUCUACCAUGUUAAAAAAAAUACUCAAAGACAAUACGGUUCCUGAAGUCCCUAGCAGUACAUGCGUGCCUUCAAAAAACCUAAAACUGCCUCUUAGAACCUUUGAAGAUGUGGCCAGGACUGAAAUGGAGCUCAAGAACGCAACAACACGCAAAAAAUAUGUAAAAUAUUUGUCAAGUCUUGGAGGUCAUAUGCCCAAGGAUGUGAUUAAGAAUAUUAUGCAGCAAGUCCUAACAGAUGAUCUGGCUAUACAGUUCAACUGGCAGGGGAGAGGAGAUAAAAAGGCCUUCUCUCAUCUCGUGUUAACAGAUGUGAUCAGAGAUUCUGCAUUAACCCGAAAUGUAAACAGGGGUGACUGUGAAACUGAAAUAAAAAAAUAUCUGAGUUAUGCAGCUAGUCGGAAGAGACCAAGAGAACAAGGUGGUCCUGGGCAUGAGAUUCCAAAUGUGAUUUCUACCUCACUGAUGGGCAACUAGCAAAAGAGGGAAACGCCUUGGAACAUUUUUGAUUAAAGAGUUUUUUAUAGGGAUGCACCAAUACAACUUUUUCCAGAACGAGGUCAAUAGCGAUACUUUUAUUUUUGGUACUUGCAGAUCGAGUACCGAUACCUGUAUUUUCAUUUCAUUUGUAAUUUUUAAAAAUACUGGGUACAGAAACCAAAAGAAUAUAAAUAAUGUUAGUUGGCUUAGUUCAUUUUCAUACUUAAUUAUGACCAUUAAAAUGUAUUCUACAAGCUUUUGUUACUUUCACUUUUUAUUUGCUCUAUGGUACUUCAUCUUUAAUUUAAUAGCACAUUAGAGCUGUUCCAUUACAGCGGCUCAGUAGGUACUGUAAUCACAAGACGUUUUCCUGUAAUAAUGUAAUGAAACACUCCUUAGCCUAUAGUCUACAUAAAUAUUUUAACAGUGAUAAACAUAUUUUCUGAAAUGUAAGUCGCAUUUUUUAUCAUCUGAAACAUGCUGUGACUUAUAUUCCAAAGCGACUCAUAUCAUGCAUAAUAUCAUCAUGAUGUAGACAUACAUUUUGAGAAAUUGAUUUCAAUUUGACGUUACAUACUUAAUGAAUUGUCACACUAUAAAAAGUGAUAAGUUGACUUACCUUAAAAAAAAUUGAGGAAACC